AUGAUCCUUACAUGCGCAAUGCACCUAUUUUCGACGGCUUUCCUUCUCUAUCUCCAUGGAUUUCUUCUCGCGCUGGUGGCUUUGGGUAGCGCCGACUCCGAUGUCGAUUUCAUGAGUGUUAGAGCCAAGUUUCUAAAGGAUUACAGUGGGAAAGGAGGUGAGCCGGGAGAGAAAUAUUUCAUAUGUCUUGAAUUGCACAGAAAUCUCUUCCAUUAUCACUAUGACGGACGAUUCGCCGAGGAACCCCUCCCUGAGGAAGACACAAUACCACAUUUAGCAGCACUCAUUCAGACAUAUCUGUCGACUAUGGCGGAUCUGGGUGCGGAGACUUGGAUAAUGCAUGGAACUCUUCUGGCUUGGUGGUGGAACCAGAAGAUCUUCCCAUGGGACAACGACCUCGACGUCCAGGUAACCGAGCCGACAAUACACUUCCUUGCUGAAUAUUACAACAUGACCGAGCACCAUUUCGAACUUCCAGGAGUGGACGGCGGGCGAAACUACCUUCUCGAAAUUAACCCGCAAUAUGUGGUUCGAACUACUGAGGAUGCAGCGAACGUUAUUGACGCGAGAUGGAUCGACACCUCCUCAGGACUUUUCAUCGAUAUAACUGCAGUCCGCAAGGAUGACGAAUUGAGAAAGAAGGGCCAGCAAGGCGCUCUCAUGUGCAAGGAUGGCCAUAGAUUUGACGAGACCGAUAUCUUCCCACUUCGGAAUAGUUACUUUGAAGACUUUCCUGUCAAAGUACCCUACAAGUACACUGAUCUCCUUGUGGAAGAAUAUGGCUCCAAGGCAUUGACUACUGUUGAUUUUCAGGGUCACCAUUUCAACGAAGACACCAAAAUCUGGGAACAAACUAACUGGCUAAUAUCUCAAUUGCCAGAGAGAAACGAGGACUUUCACGGCAGCGAAGAUCCAUCACUCUCCCCAAGCGGACCACGCCGCUACCCUAUCGUUUAA